UGACUCCUUUGGUUGUUUCCCGCACGAAACGUUUAGGACAAUGUAACGAAGCAUGUCAUUGUACCCAUACUACAUUUCGGUCGAGUUCCAUAGGGUUGAUAGAUGUUGACACCUUAUGUUUGUAUUUCAGUUGGAUGGAAGCUUGGCGUCUACAUAGGUGUUUCCACGGGUGCAGGAGUAAUCAUCCUGGUUGCCAUCUUCGUUCUAAUACGAUAUUACAUGAAAAGARGCUGGGCACGUAAGAAAUCUCACGCGAAUGGCAUCGUGGGACAUCUCAACCUCCCUUCACAAGUACCAGACUUCACAAUCCCACUGAUGCUUCCAAUAUUUGUACAAAGUAAAUUAGAAAAAGACARCGAAGUUUUUGAUCCUGUGAAGCAAACGAGUUCGCUCGGCACUACUGAUUCUUUGCUUGUGCAGCCGGAUGAAGAUUACAUCAUUUUAGACAAUGAAGAGGCAACCAGUGGUCCAGUGAUAAGAAGACUCGAGUCAGUUAUGGAUGUAUCAAUGUUUCCCGAUCAGGAAAACGACGAGAACAGAACGGAGGCAACCGGUCCUUGGUCCAGCUCCCGCCGUGAAUCGCUGUUCUUUCCCUAUUUGCUUGCAGGGAAAACGAACGUGCGAAAUGUGUCGGCAUCAACAGGUAGCAAUUCGUCUGCGCCUUCGUCACCUUCUAAAUUUGAAAGAAGAUACACAGAAAGAAUCCGGACAUUUUCCAACUCUUCAAGCACAGACCAAUCUUCAUCCAUUCGUCCACGAAUAUCGUCCGAUGCAGCUAGCAUCAAGCACAAACGUACAAARCCGAUGCUUGUGAAGAAAACAAGYUGCCCCGAGAGCACAAUGACGCAAAAACUUCCUCAAAAGAAGUGGUUUGGUGACUUCAACCGCCGUCAAAUGUCGUCGGACAGUUUAUUAGGCGUCAAGUCAUCAGUAGAGCUUCCAGCUUCUAAGCGCGGGAACUUGUCGCUUUCAAUUAAGUACAACAAAGAUGACAAGAAGCUUGUUGUUCAUUUAGUAAACGCUACUGAUUUACCCAUGAAGAAUAACAAUUUAUUGGACACGUUUGCAAGGUUGUACAUGAUCAUGCCAUCGAAACAGCUUCGACAACAAAGUAAGGUUCUGAAAAAGACCUGCAACCCAAUCUACGAUGAAGUCUUUAUAUUCGAUGACAUCGACAACGAUGAACUUCUGCAGGCACAUUUACGCAUCAAAAUCCUUCAAAAAGAUGGAUUUACAAGGGGCGAAAUGAUUGGCGAGUUGUCAAUCAGCCUAAGUAAUAGUGAAUUACUGACUGGGAGUAUGUUGCAAAGAUGUCUGCUACCCAGAGCAAAGAGUAUCACCGAGGUGAGGAUUGCGUGACGUUUGUCACAAGAUUGUUCUUGUCACAUUACUAUUGUCAUUGUCAUUAUCAUUCAGUCCUCC